AUGUCUACCGCUCGAGAACGGCCAGAACACAAAGCUCUUCGCCAUGCCGUACGACACAUCGAGAGCUCUUUGCUGAAGAUCCCAUCCAUGCAGUACACUCCGGAGGAUCUCAGUGGCCUUCCUAUUCGAUGCUUACCAAUGCCACUGUCCAACGGGGGCUAUUCUCAAUUUAAACCCUGCUUUUUUGAACCUUUCAAAAACAUCUCGCAAGAUCCGGAGACUGAGUACUCAGCGUGCCAGCUACCAGAGGGCUGGCCAGAGGACUCUAUCAGUCCAAUGGACAGAGCCGACUCGAUUCUGAUAUACCUGGAUGAGUAUAUCGGGAGCGUCAUCUGUAACAGUGGAAGCAGUCCCAAGGACACCCCUGCCUACUAG